CCCUCCAACGGAAAUACCCAAAAGCCUCCAGAGUCUGAAAACCCUAAUCUGAUCAAAACCCCAAUUCGAUUUCCCAGAAAUCCCCAAUCUCCCAGACACCGAAAAACCUAAUUCUAUUGCAGAAUCCCCAAAUCUCCCCGACGAGACCGAAAACCCCAAUUCGAUUUCUUGGGGAUUAACUGAAAACCCCAAUUUGAUUUUCAUAGUAAUACCCAAAUCUCCCAGAGAUCGAAAACCCCAAUUCGAUUUCACAGAAACCCCUAAAUCUCCCAGAAGCCGAAAACCCCAAAUCGAUUUCUUGGGGAUUAACUGAAAACCCCAAUUCGAUUUUCACAGUAAUACCCAAAUCUCCCAGCGAUAGAAAACCCCAAUUCGAUUUCACAAAAAAACCCAAAACUGAAAACCCUAAUCUUUUCUCCGUGAAACCCAACCCCAUUCUCUCAAACCCAGAUCCCAUUUCUUUUGAUUGACGGCGAGAAUGGAGAAGCAAGUCUACUUGUAUCCCAAGAACUCAGAUUUCGCGCCCAAGAUUAUCAGGGUCAGGGACGACGGUACCCAUUCGGUGCACGACGUCUCAUCUCCGUCGUCAACGUCUCCGCUCGAUGUCAUCGGCAGCUACGGAAACAGAGUGUGCUUUCAGAAUUUUUCCGAGAACUGCUUCGUUGUGUGGAAUGUAGAUAGUGGAGUCGAGGAAAGGCGGAUUCUUUACGAUCCUUUGGAUGCUAACGGAUCUAUUUCUGUUUCCGGUUUCGGUCAUACAGAUGAAGGCGAAAUAAAAAUCGUCAGGAUUGCUCGCGUCGGCCUUUCCUUCAUGUCCAAGACGUACAGCGGCGGUGCUGGCGGCGGCGCCGGCAGCAGGGUUACUGGUGGUGCCGUAGGAGCGGGCGGCGUCUUUGUUGAGGACCACACAUGGGCAGCAUGGCAGAUGUCUACUCUUGGCCUACCUUUUAUCCCAGACGAGUUUCAACAGGCGAGGUUUGUGGCGGCGACCGGCACCAUUUACUGGCAUGGCUCAGUCAGGCAGGCGUCCACCAUCGUCACGUAUAACAUCAACACUGAUGUUCUGGGGAAUCUGCCACCGCCCGCAGCAGGUGUAGGUGCAAAGUUUGCCUUGGGAUUUGGCUUUGGAGGUGAGUUGGCCGCCACUGUUUUUGAACCCUCUCGCAGAGGGAGAGGGAGGCAUGGUAUUAGAUUGUGGCAGCUUCACGAAAAUAACUGGGAAGUUGUGGUGAAUAUGAGGCUGACGUCGAACCCUUCCCGGGAAAUCAAAUAUCCUUACGUGCCGUUGUGCUUUCUGGCGGGUACAUUCAAUAAUGAGGGGCUGAAUAUACUGUUUCUAUUUGAUGGAGAUACUUUGAUUAAGAUCAGACUUGUAGUGGAGGAUGACUCUCUAGCAACAGAACUUGAUGAGCUGCAUCUGAUGGAUACUGCUGUUGUUACAACCCCAUUGCCACCUAGGCAUUAUGUCCAUGUCGAUCCUAUGGAGUUUAACCGUCUAUUCCAAAGAAAUGCUGCUAAUGAGGAGAGGCAGAUGAAUAGGGAUAUGAAUGCUUGGACCAGAAAUUUUCUUGAGCAGAUUAAUGAAUUCGAUCAGAUAUAGAUGGCGUAUAGAGAAGAUGGUUGAUAGACAUCAUUUGCCCAACACUUGACCUCCAUAAUUCAGUUGAAUACCCUCAACUCUCCUAGCGUUUAACUAGUCUAGUAGACUGUGUAUAGUCUUCCCACAAUCAUCCAGGCCUUCCAAAACAGCCAGUGCUCCUCUUGAAUCCUCCUUUCCACCUAUUAGGCUACAGUCGAUUUCAGGCUUACUGUGGAUAUACAAUCUGCAACAACCUAUAUACCUUUUUAGAAGUAUUUCGAGCUUGUGACUGAUGUAUGAUUCAUCCUGCCGUAUUUUAAAUACUUUAGCUAUACCUAUGAGUUAGAAACAGCAUUA